GGUUCAUACAGAUGCAGAGCAGGUUGGGCUUCCAAAGAUGAUCCACUGCUCAUUUUCAGAAAUGUCACUUUUAAGCAAAAAAACAAAAAAACUCUUGAAAAUGAGAUACUGGUUGGCAAUGACAUAAUAAAUUUUGAUCAAGUCUACAAUCACAGUCGAAGUGCCUUCGAGAGGAAUGUUGUAACUCAGUUCGAUAUCCAAGAGCAGAUUUUUGAUUACAUUUUUCGCCACCUGCAAAUAAAUUCCGUUGACAGUGACAUGCCGCAUCCUCUGGUUAUCACCGAGCCGCUCUCCAAUCCAAACUAUUCCAGGGAAAGAAUGUCUGAACUACUAUUUGAACACUACAGUGUACCCAGCGUCCAGUAUGGAGUGGACAGUUUGUUUGGUCUCUACUUCAACAAUACUGCAACCAAUGAAUUUACAUCUGAUCAUUUUAUUAUUUCAUGUGGCUACAAGACAUCUCAUUUGAUUCCAAUAGUCAGGGGCAGAAUGAUGAAAUGUAGGAGGUUUAACUAUGGAGGCAAUACCAUUUUUCACAUAAACAGUUAUUCUCUUUUGCACCUAAAAUAUCCUGGACACAUCGCAAACAUUACCCCUUCGAGAGCUGAGCACAUAGUUCAAAAUAAAUGUCAUUUUGCCAUUGAUUUCAAUGAAAAGUUACUGAAAUGGACGAAUGAUUCGUAUUACAACAAACACGUCAUCAAGUAUCAACUUCCUUUCAACCAGGUAUAUGUGGUAGCUCAGAAGAUUUCAACCGAACAGCUGAAACAGCGACACGACGAGCAGAUUAAAAGGCUGAUGGGGAUGAAUCUGAAAAGAAGACAGGAAAAGUUGAUAUCAGAACAGGAGAAAUUAUCCCACUACAUUUCUCUGAUGGAUAUUAUACGAGAGGAAGUUGAAGAGAACGGAGAGUAUGAUAAUGACGCUGCCAUCUUACAGGACAAUAACUUUUCAGGCAUGCAGGAACUAAGGGCAGUCAUCAGCAAGCUGAACAACUCCAUCGAAGCGUUACAGGAUAAAAUUAUGACCUGCACGGAACAGGUUGGCUGGUUGUUCAUCCAUCUGCUAUUUUUAAAUGCCACUGGUUCGAUGCCACCUCUAAGCGAUACUGACGGUCGAAGGAGGUGGCUGGAUCAACUAAAAGCUGACAGACAGCGAGUUAUUGAUAGAAUGAAUGAAAGAAAAAACUGGAGGAAUGAAAUGAUGAGGAGGAGGACGAUGGCAUCCCAUCGCAGGAUCAGUCUCAUUAGUGAACUCGCAAAAAACAGCAAAAAUACAGAUGAUAAUUUUGGAAUAAAUGAUGAAGACUGGAACAUAUACAAAGAAAUAAAUAAAGAUAGCAGAAACUCGGAUUCUGAAAAUGACCUUGACCAGUUAGAGGAAAUGGAAAUAUGCUUGCAAGAAUAUGAUCCCGAAUUUAGAAAGAUUGAUCCAUCUGAAUCAGCAGAUUUGAACGAAUACUACCAAAUACACGUGGCACUCGAACAGAUUAGAAUACCAGAAUUAGUAUAUCAGCCUUCAAUGAUGGGGUCUGAACAAGCAGGUUUAUGCGAGGGGAUUGGUCAUGUUUUGAGACAGUUCAAUAACGAGCAACAACUCAGACUUGUUCAGGACAUAUUCGUCAUCGGCGGUUAUGCAAGCAUCCCUAAUUUUAAGAGCCGGCUCGAGAAAGAAUUGCUGGAAAUACGACCCUUUGAAAGUAAAUUCAAAGUUAGAAUGGCUGCUAAUCCCGUCCUUGACGCUUGGAAAGGCGCCCGUUUAUGGUCCAUAAAUUCUGAAAAUUUGCGUAGAUAUUCAACCAAUCGGAAAGAUUACUAUGAAUUUGGAGGCGAUUACCUAAAAACAUGUUGUAUUUCGAACAGAACAUCUAACGACUUUUUAAAAAAUCAGAUGUUAUGA